UCCACGCGGGAACACGAGGCAGGCGCACCCGGCCGGCACGCGCACACACAUCCUAAGAUGUGAUUUCAAAAAUGGCGGAUUGCCCCUAUGCCCGCUGCAUACAGGAACGCAGACAUAUCCGACGGGAGCUGCUGCGAUGGACAAAGAAUAUGGUCUUCGUAGUCGGUCUGGAACGGGUAGCGGAAGAGUUGAUGGGCCGUAGGAGAUGGAAGCAAUACCAGGACACCCUGUACAGCGGCACCCGCAGCAGCGAAUCAGCGACGGCACAGCCCCACCAUCGGCUUUACCCGGCGUUGUCCUCGUCCUGCAACCAGAUACCCGGGAGCCUGGACCAGAUUGUUGGGCCGCAGCUACAUCACCCGGCACCCUCGUCGUUGCCGUCGGCGGUUGCGCCGACGGUGCUGACGACGGCGACGACCACGACGACGACGACAACGACGGCUAUUACACUCGCGAGCGGUGUGGUGAAGCAGGAAAGCCUGCAGAGGCAUCAUCUGCAAAACCACCACCACCACCUGCAAACGCCGGUUCAGGAUCAUCCGCAGGAGGAUUCGCGUCGUCUGAGGCCGGCCGAGAUCAAGGUCGAGGCCGGCGACGAGGAGGCGGCCGCGGACGGUGUCGCGCGAGAAGACACCGCAACGAGAACGACGGACACGACGGCAACGUCGUCGACGACAACGACGACGGGAGGAGCGGCGGCGGCGGCGACGACGACGACGACGACGAUCACGUCGACAACGACAACGGCGACCGGUACGACGACGAUAGCGACGAGACGGCGACGCGUACGCCGGCAGAACGACGGGGAGGACGCCGAGGGCGAGGAGGACGGAGACGAGAACGACGAGGAGACAGGACGUGGCCAGAACGAGGCGGAGAAACGGCUCAAGCUCGACGAGGACGCCGACAGGUCGGUGGUCAGCCCUCUAAGGACGGAGAACGAUCGUGCGACUCGGGAUCAUCCGACUGCCAACGCUACCGACACGGAAGGGACCAAGGAACGGACGGAGGAAAUUACGUUGGAGCGGGCACCGGUAACGCAGGGCUUGCUGAGGGUAAAAAAGGAAGAGGAGCUGCAGGAGGUGCCGAGUUCUGGUGGCGGAACGACGAUACUUACGACGCCGGCGACGGACUCGGAAGGGACCAGGUCGGGGUUGUUAUGCCGCGAAGGGAACGCGGCCGCAACGACGAGCGUAGCGACGACGCCGUUUUUCCUCGGAAGACGCGCGAGUCCGCCACCGGAGGACUGGAAGCCGCUCGACAAGUGUUACUUCUGCCUCGAUGGCAAGCUACCCCACGACGACCAGGCGCCCCUUAGUCCGCAGAGCGACAGUAGCAGCAGUUCGCGAUCGGCGGAGUCACCCAUGUCGUCGGUUCAGGUGGACCCCAUGGCGGCGUCCGUGGUCGCUGCCGCCCUCAGCGGCACUUAUCCCACCUUACUACCCCAAUGGUGCUUACCGCCGAGGGAGGCGCCCCUCGUCGGGGUGCAUACCCACCAGGACAGCGCCGCGGCGGCCGAUCAACCGCUCGAUCUCUCGGCCAAACCCGGAAGAACAACUCAGGACACGAACAUAUCUCUACUGGAGCAACAGAAAAUACCUCUGAGGAUGCCGACAGGCAUCGAUCCCAAGAGCAUCCUCAACUCGUACCGCGCGAAACCGCGAAUGACCGGACCGGUUGCGGCCGCGGCGGCGGCGGCGGCGGCGGCUGCGGCUGCGGCAGGCGUCGGUGGUGUUCCAGUGGUGGGUGCCGGGGGCGGCAGGAGAACUUAUACCGAGGAAGAGCUGAAGGCCGCCCUCAAUGACAUCCAGAGCGGCAAGCUCGGCACGCGGAGGGCGGCGGUGAUCUACGGGAUACCUCGUAGCACCCUGCGCAACAAGGUCUACAAGCUCGCGAUGGAACGCGAAAGGGAAUCCCUGACUAGCACCCAUUCACACCCUCACGAGCCCGGCGCCCCAGCCACCACCACCACCACCAUCACCACCACCACCACCACUACUACUACAACACCACCAAAUACGACCCAAAACGCCUCCGCGACCACUCCGCCCCCGCAAGUGGACGAGGUGGACGACAAAGAACUAUCCGGCGCGGAAGAGGAGAAGGAAGUCGAGAAGGCCCUGUUGAAACCUUUGCUGUCGUUGGAGGAUCUUGUCAGGUUCUCCGCGCUCGAAGGAACCGGCAGCGAUUCCCUUAGGAACCUGCUACAACGGGGUCACGAGGCGGGAACCGAAUGGCCGGGAUUGGAACACCCGAACAUCGGUCCUUACAUUCAGAAGAUGUUGGCCGCCGCCGCACCAAUGGGCUUAGAGACGCCGAACUAUCGCAUACCGGACGUGGUGAGAAAGCUGAUGACCGAGGACAAGAGGCUGAACAAAAAUGUGAACGGCGAUCAGUCGCAACCGCACCAGCAGCAUCAUCAUCAGCAACACCAUCCCCUCGCGGCGCAUCAGCAGACCCAGUCGCAGCAACAGCAGCGUACGUCCCUGUCGAACGACGAUUUCAAUCCUAACAUCGAGGAGGAGGCCAGCGACAGUGCUCAGGGCAGAGCGAUACUGAAGAUUCCGUCCUACAAGCCCGCCAGCACGCCGGGCUGUUCCAGUAAGAACGGCGAGCCGACUUCCGCCGCAUUUGCUCAGGGCUUCGCGACUGCGGCCUCGAGUCCGAGUCUUUUGGAGCGAGCCAGUCCAGCGUUCUCCGGCACCAGCAGCCCUACAAACUCGCUGGUUGGCAAAGCGGUAGCCGUUAACUUCCGCGACGUUAUUGCCAAGAGCAUAAGCGUUAAGUUCCAAGAGGGCCAGACGCCUGGCGCGGCUGGCAUGCCAAGUUGCCAACCGGCCGGCGUAGUUCCGCCUCAGCAGGUUGGCAGCAUGUUGACCGAUCCGAGUCCGUUCAAAAGGGGCCGUUAUACGCCCCCGCAACCGCCACAACAGCAGCAACCGCAAACGCCGCAGCAACAGUCGCAACAGCAGCAGUCCAAACAACAGGCGCAGGAUGCGAACAAACCGAAGCCGGGUACAGGCGGCAAAGGCACAAGGCCGAAACGCGGCAAGUACAGAAAUUACGACAGGGACAGCCUCGUUGAGGCGGUGCGCGCGGUCCAGCGCGGCGAGAUGAGCGUUCAUCGUGCUGGCAGCUUUUACGGAGUUCCGCACUCCACCCUUGAGUACAAAGUCAAGGAGCGGCAUCUCAUGAGGCCGCGAAAGAGGGACCAGAAGCAACCGGACGACAAGUCGAAGGAGACAGCGACGACGGCGACAACCGCGGCUGCGGCGAUGCGACCGAGCGCUGCUGGCGUUGACAAGAAGCCGCAGCUGAAACCGCAAAAGCCUUUCACGCCGCCGGGCGGCAUACCGGGUCCAAACGGAUUGAAGAUGUCACCGUUUAUGGAGGGUAUGCCCCACCUGCCGUUCGGGCCAUUUAACUUCUGGAACCCGACGCCCUUCAUGCCCGCCCCGUUUAUGGGUGGCGCGCCAAACGUGCCGAUUCUGCCAGAACAAUACUUCGCGUCGCAGAGAAUGCGCGGAUUGCAGGAACAACAACGAAACGCGGCUAUAGUGCAGCAGCAACAUCAGCCACGAGACCGGGACGGAGUCGGCGUAUCCGGAACGGCGGACGCGGCUGGCACUUCGAACUCACGGGGCGCAUCGAUGUCGAAAGUUACGCGCGAAAUGGCAGAGAUCUACGAUACGCCCGGGGCGAACGGCAGUUUUCUGGACAAUCUGAUCAGGUCGAGCCUUGAGACGGGCAUUCCAAGGGACCAGCGGGCGGCGAUGGCGGAUGCGAGAAACCAGCAGUCGUCGUCGUCGUCGUCGCAGCAGCAACACCCGGAAACGAUGAGCAGCAAAGCGCUGAUCGACCAGCUCUGCAGAAACUCGAGGAGGACUCCGCUGCCGCGGAUUGCGCAGGAUAGCAGCGAGGACGAAAGUUAUCGAGGACCAGCGGGCAGAAUAGUGCCCGAGAGGCCAGAGCGCGUGCCCACGGUCGAUCUUAGCCCUUCGCCCUCGGAGAGAGGUCGCACGGAGGACGGCAGCGACCGGCUGACGUCACCGCCAACACCCUUGUCCAUAACCCGUGCGGGCAGCAGGGAUGAGGAUAGCACCCGUGACUCGCGCAGCAGCAGAGAGCGCGAGGUUCACAACGGCCAGGAGGAUCGUGAUCGGAAGCAGCAACCUUUGAGCCUGCAGCAGCAACCGACACAGCUGACUAACCACUACCCAGACAUACACAACCUCUACGCCGUAUCAACUGACAAAAAAAGUGCCUGUGAUAGUAAGCUUAUAGUAGAUCAUUCGAGCCAGAAGACUCAGCCGCAGCAACAACAAAAGGAUUACGCUGCCGUGAGCGGGCUGGUCGUGCAACUGCAGAGGGGCUACAACACCGCGAGCACCAGACCCGGCGAAUCGACUAACAGCCAGCAGCCGGCGUCGGAGCAACGCGGCCCCACGCUCAGCAUGGAGGACUCCGUAGAGCAGUAGACGACGAAAGUCAGUAUCAGUUAUCAGUAAAGUAUACAAGUUAUAACGAGUACAGUAAAACAAACAAACAAACAAAAAAAAAAAACAAACUCACACAAAGGACCUGUUAUACAGUAAGCAAACCCACAUUCCCGCCCAGAUCUCUCCGCCAUCUCUCACACGCACCGAUCCCGUGCGCCUUCUUCGUAGUUGCGCGCCGCGAACGGGAUUUCCCUUUGGCCCACAAAGAUUUUUCCCAAAAUCUCUCGCGCGAAAAAUCUCACGCGCGUUUAAUAAAUGAUCGACGAUGUAACGCGCGUUCGAAAGAUUGAUACACAAGUGUAGGAAGGGAAUCCUCAAAUACGUUAGCGUCCAACAUACGAUAGCAUCCCAACUUUUAUCCCAACAGCCCUUGCUCCCCCAUAUUGACCUCUCCGUUUACAAAUCGGAAGAAUCCUCGUUGCGAGGCCAAAGUCUUAGUGCAAACGAAGGGGAGAACGAAAAUGGCAAUGCAUGAUGCUGAACCGACCGUAAUGAAAAACAAAAAAAAAAAAAAAAACAAAACAAAGGAAGAAAUAGAACUCACUGCGAUUCCGCAAGUGUAAACGCGUACUCGCCGCGUACAAAAAAAACCCGCGUCCAGCUGGCCGCGGCCCGGCCGAUCUGGGAUCAGGCGCGCGCGUGCAGGAAAUCCUUUCGAAAAAAAAAAAACCACGCGAAAGUUCACAUUUCGAACCCGGAGUAUACGGAACGAAAUAACGGAUAUAAAAAAGGACACACGCGAUAUAUAUAUAUAUAUUCAUCGUGCCGAGUAUACUCACACACGCGACACGCUUUAUAGCAGAUUUAUAAUACACUACUGAUCCAAUUCUAAAAAAAAACUUUGUUUCUUACAAUCCAGACAUUCCAGCAGGACACACACGACUAAUAUAUACACAAAAAAAAAGAAACACACACAACAGAUCGACACACGCAUUUAACAUACAGACGUAAGUAUACGUUAGUAUACAAGAAAAAAAUAAAACGGGGGGAACACGUAAUGAGAUACUUAAAGUGUUGCGCGUGUGCGCGCGUACGCGAAGCGUAAAAAAAGUAUUGCGGUCGUAUUGUUGACUGCGUUGUCAUCAUCAAAGGUUUCGCACCGCGCGAAUCUCGAAGAUUCUUCAAUGAGGUCUUACUUAUUACUCUUCACAAUAGACGCGAGUUGAAAAUUGAUACAUCCAUAUAUCCGUUGGACAUUCCGCGAUCUAUUGUGGACAGAUCCGCGCUAGCACGUACUAGAGCACUUGUUGUUCACACAAGGUCGGGAGGGGGGAGGGGGUACGCGCAGACACACGUGCGACACAAAAAAAGAAAAAAACUUUAGAGCCGUUCGAUGAUUAUUAUUACGAUUAUUAAUUAAUAUAAUUGAUCCACCCAGUAUCAUAAUCGGUGGAUUGACGACGACCGUCGAGGGUCGAAGAGAAGAAAAGAAAAGAAAAAAAAAAAAAUGAACCGAUGGAACAAAAAUGCCGAUGCGACAACAUAUUUUUUCCUCUAUGAGUGUAAAACUAUCUUAAUGCAAAAGAAAAAAAAUUCUUAUUACCUACUAUUAACACUACUUAUCUCGUAAGGAGCGAUACAUAAUUAUAUUAAGGAAUAAUAUAUUAUAUAUACAUAUAUUUUUGGUCAUUACGAACGUGUGCGAAUUGAGAGAAAAACGAGCCAAGGCUUUUGUUGGCGCGCGUAGGUGGGCGUUUUUUUCACGAGGCGACAAUAUUUCUAAUAAUCGCGGUUGUUUCGAGGUCGUUCGUUUCACGAACGCUUUCCCACGUUUCGGGGUAAGGUAUAGGCGCACGGCAAGGAAAGCAAGCAGGAAGAGCCACGAGUGAUAAAAUAUCGGAAAGCGGUCUUCGUUGUUGAUUAUUGUCCGCAAAGUCGAGCGAUCUUUUUUUUUGUCCUAACAAUCAAUGCAACGGCACGUUCAAGAUAAAUGUCUACAUCCGUUUAUUUCUGGCUUUCGUUUUUAUUUAUACAAACGAUAUAGGUAAAGUGAGGGAUUUCUGUGGAAAAAAAAAAAAAAUAUGUAGCACACCGCGAAAGGGUGUGUCUCUCUUUUUAAAUACGUUUAAUUAUACUUUUUUAAACUGUUUUUUUUUUUUUUUAAAGAGAUAUACACAAAAGAUUGUACGAACAAAAAGACGUAAAGUUAAAUAAAAAGAAGAUAAUCUCUCGAAUGUUUGUUUUUACGAGCAAUUUGCAACGACGAAGUUCGCGAUCUCUUUCGAGUUCCCGUGUCGCACUGUAAUUAUAUGGACUGGAAAAAAAUCGCGGUCCAAAUUCGGGCUAAGCAAGAAAAAUGCAAAAACGUAGCAGAACGUGGGACAAUGUAAUAAGGAGAUUUCAAAAAAAAAAAAAGACAAAAAAUUAAAAAAAAAAAGAAUACAAAGAAGAAAGAGAUACUGUUGCAGCGCGCGCACCCGCUCUCGAUUCGGUUUUCUCCGAAUAUACCGAAAAUGCAGACGUUUUUCUUAAAACGCGAGAUAUCCACUUUUUGAUACGAAUACAAAUUUUCUACCGCGUAGAAGGGAAAAGAAAAAAAGAGAGAGAGAGAGAGAGAAAGAAAGAAAGAAAGAAAGAAAGAAAGAGAGGCUGCAGUUAGCGGCAACGCGAGCGGAGGUGGCGUUGUAUCGUUUCUUCGCGAGGAAAUAAUAAAAGACUCACUCGAAAAUCUUAGGGAAUGUUUUAAUCUCCGUUUUUUGUUUUCUCAUCGGCUCCCGCGAGCGACAUAUUCAUUGGGAACCAACUCGUCGUGACGCGUCGGAACGGAUUUUUUUUUUUUAGAACGGACACUUCGAGAGAGGGAGGGGGAGGAGCAUCUCUAUCUCGUCCCCGACAGAGAGAACGGAAUUUUCAGUAACGACGAUACGAAAUAUCGAACGAAUGACGAAUCGACAUUUCGAGCGCGGCCGCACGUCUCUCUCAUUCGAGAUUCUUUUUCGCGUAUUCACGCGGUCGUGCACGUCCAAUUAAUUAAGCUCGCGAUAUAUUGUGAUACGAAGAACACAUAUCCGAGAGUUUUUUCGGAUUAUCGCGGUUUUUCGAAAAAAAAAAAAAAAAAAAAUCGCUCGA